GCUGCUGGUGAGGCCCGCGGACAUGGGAGAGCAUAAUCUGCUGAAUCCCGGCUUUGUGGGACCGCUGGUCAAUAUUCACACCGGAGACACCUUUUACUUCCCCAAUUUCAGGACCUCAGGGGGGCAGUUACCUGGGCUGCCCUCCCUGUCUUACCCUAGAAGGGACAAUGUGUGCUCCCUGCCCUGGGCAUCUACAGAGCCCUGCAAUGCCUACCCCCAGCCCUAUCUCAGCAGCCCCAUUAACCCUUCCUUCAGCAGAGCCUGUGAUCUGGCCAGGGUAGAGGACACCAAGUGCUACUACCGGGAGGCAUGUCCCGAUGCCCCCAGCCUGAAGAGAGACGAGCGCCUGAGAGACACUAACGUCCUGAUGCCCCUGGACGGAGGCAUGGGCGCCAGCACCUUCCACAGCUACGGGGUAGAGGCCGCCCCCCACGACCCUCCGUCCUGCCAGUCCCUGGAGUCUGACUCCAGCUCGUCCCUGGUCAAUGAGACCCCCAAGAACCAGAGCAGUGAAGCGGUGACAAUGGCCUCUCCGGCUCCCGGCAGCAGCAGCCUCCCCUCCUCCGGGGCUCCCUGGUAUCCAAUGCACACCAGAUCUCGUAAGAAGAGGAAGCCAUAUUCCAAGCUCCAGUUAGCUGAAUUGGAAGGGGAGUUUAUGGUCAAUGAAUUUAUCACCAGGCAACGGAGGAGAGAACUGUCUGACCGGUUGAGCCUCAGUGACCAGCAGGUCAAAAUCUGGUUCCAGAACCGACGGAUGAAGAAGAAGAGACUCCUCAUGAGAGAGCAGGCUAUGUCCUUCUUCUAGGUCUCUGCUUCCUCAGCUCCUAUGUGGGCUUUACCUGCACAAGAAUCUUCUUACUACAACUAGAAACUGACCAGACCCAAGGUUCGUGUUUUUAAAUCACCAGCUCCAGACUGCACAAUCUUAAAGCCAAAAAAAAAAGUACAAACUGAGAUAAACUGAAGGAAUGAGGAGAUGAUUAAGGAGAGAUGGACUCAGCUUGGAGCAAGCCUUCCUUCCUAUGUAGCUGUUUCUUCUGGUCUUGGGGGGGGGGGGGGGGGGUUAGUUACCAGUCCUUCCAUAACCUCAAGCAUUGGUUUUUGUACUUGUUCCAGAAUCAGCUGAAAGGACAACCAUUACUGGUCAGUGUGACUGCACCCCUUACCCUACAUGAACUCUGUUCUGUACUUGUGGAGAGGGUAAGUGGUAAGUCCAUAUGAGUCAUGUCAGGCAGUAUUGCGGAUGUCAACAACUCAAAUGUCUUUUAUAUCAUUUGUAUUCACAAAGAAGCAACGAAUGGCUCCAGAUUUAUCAAGCUGAACUACACAUCCAAAAGGGAAUACAUGUUCUGCAGUCAUAAAUCUGGAGAAGAUUCCUUGCUGAAAUUGUAUCUGGUGGGGACCUCAGACUGGUGCUUUUUCCAACAUAGGAGUUAUUGUCGGAGAAGCAUGAAGGAGCCUGCCUGCUUCAGUGUGGAUGGGUGUGUUACUACCCCCAUCAUUUCAGCAGUGGAUUGAGAACACACAGCUAGUAUGUAUAAUACCCAUACAGUAUUACAUCGUCUCAGCAUGUGCACAUACCAAGGGCUGGGGAAAGGAGCAGCACUACAUCCAAAUACAUUUCAUUUUAUUUUUUAUCCCUGUAUGUUUAUCGGUAAAUGUAUGUAUGUAUAUAUUUAUUUUAUCGUAAUGAAUUGUGAGUUUUAUUAAUAUGUUUUCUAUACAACACACUAGAAGGAAUACAGUUAUCUGGCUGACACUGGCAUUAAAAGAAGUGAAGACGAAUAAAUGCCCUCAGUUUAUAAAGUGACUUUGAAACCAUAAAAUAUAUAUUAGUAUACAGUC